AUGCGGUUGGCUUUUAUCCUCACUGGGUGGUGACCGGAUCUCUUGAUAAAAAGCCAACUGCAUUAAAGCGUUAAAGUGCCAUUAUUUGAACUUUGAGGAGUUCCACAGGGCUAAGUAAUCAAAGACCAUAAGCCUUUACAUAUAGAAAUGUCAGUUGAGAGAGAGAGAGAGAGAGAGAGUGUGUGUGUGUGUUUCAAUUGAGAAUGGAACCCAAGAAUCUUGCCAUUGUUCUUGGUAUUGUGUUUAUUGGGCAUUUGUCUUUAAUUGUUGCUGAAGAUCCUUACAGGUUUUUUACUUGGAAUAUAGCUUAUGGUGAUAUCUCACCUCUUGGAGUGCAGAAACAGGGGAUUCUGAUAAAUGGGCAAUUCCCGGGGCCGGAGAUAGAUUGUGUGACCAAUGAUAAUCUGGUCAUAAAUGUCUUCAAUGGCUUGCCUGAGCCUUUUCUCAUCUCCUGGAACGGACUACUACAACGAAGAAACUCAUGGCAAGAUGGAGUUCAUGGCACAAAUUGUCCAAUACCUCCGGGAGGCAAUUUUACUUAUGUUCUGCAAGUGAAAGAUCAGAUUGGGAGCUACUUCUACUUCCCCUCUCUAGCCUUCCACAAGUCUGCUGGAGGGUUCGGAGGCAUCAAGAUCCUCAGCCGUUCUGUCAUUCCCGUUCCGUUUCCUCCUCCAGCGGGUGAUUUCACUAUCUUGGCUGGGGACUGGUUCAAUGCUAAUCACAUUGAUCUCCAGGCCAUACUAGACAGCGGAGGGAAUCUUCCAUCUCCCGAUGGACUUCUCAUCAAUGGCCAGGGACCAAAUCGAAACACGUUUACAGUUGAACAAGGUAAAACAUAUAGAUUUCGGAUAUCAAAUGUUGGUCUUGCAACAUCUAUAAACGUAAGAUUUCAGGGACAUGCGAUGACAUUGGUUGAGGUUGAAGGCUCACACACGGUACAAAACACCUACUCGUCCCUCGACAUUCAUUUGGGCCAAUCUUGUUCAGUUCUCAUUACAGCUGAUCAAGCACCACUCGAUUACUACAUUGUUGUCUCUACUCGAUUUAGCAGUAGUCCUGCUCUAACCACAAGUGCCAUUCUCCACUACUCGAAUUCUGCUGGAAGUCCAAUGGAACCACCGCCAGAGGGUCCAUCAGAGGAGAUUGAGUGGUCUCUUAACCAGGCCAAGUCAUUGCGGUGGAAUCUAAGUGCAAGUGGAUCGAGACCGAACCCACAAGGCUCAUACCACUAUGGAAUGAUCAACACAACACGAACCAUUGUGCUGGCAAACUCUGCACCCAUCAUCAACAACAAGCAGAGAUUUGCUGUCAAUGGUGUGUCCUUCAUAGGAUCUGAGACGCCGCUCAAGCUCGCAGACUACUUCAACAUCCCUGAAGUUUUCAAUCUGGGAAAUAUCCCUGACAUGCCAAACUCUGGCAAUAGUGGUGGCUAUUCUCUUCAACCCUCAGUAAUGCCAGCUAAUUUCAGAGACUAUGUUGAGAUUGUCUUUGAGAAUGAUGAAGAUUUUGUGCAGUCCUGGCAUGUUGAUGGAUAUUCAUUCUUUGUCGUCGGCAUGGAGGUAGGGCAAUGGACACCAGAAAGCAGGCAAGGGUACAAUCUGAGAGACACAAUCGCCCGUUGUACUGUUCAGGUAUACCCGAAAUCUUGGUCUGCGAUAUAUGUAACACUGGAUAAUGUGGGCAUGUGGAACAUAAGAUCGGAGAACUGGGCAAGGCAGUAUCUUGGACAGCAACUUUAUCUUCGAGUUUAUUCGCCAGCGAACUCGUGGAGGGAUGAGUAUCCAAUACCAAGCAAUGCUAUCCUUUGUGGCAGGGCAGUAGGACACUGAGCUUGGACAUUUUGUGAUACUACACUUGUGGAAGUUUAUGGUGUAACUAGUUAAUUUAUCAGUUGAGCGUUGAUAUUUUUGUUUUCAGAAUGCAUAUUGAUUGAAUUUGAUGAAGAGGAACAUACUGUGAAGUUUUAUGUUGCA